AUGACUAGUGUUGAUUCAAACGGCUUCCCAAGUACUCCAACCAGGCUCGAGGGAAAAGGAAAGGCGACCGUCGUUUGCUGGUUUCUUGGACUUGGAUCGCUUAUGGCAUGGAAUAGUAUAAUGACAAUAGCAGAUUACUACUAUGCAUUAUUUCCUCUUUACCAUCCUUCGAGGGUACUUACCCUCGUUUAUCAACCAUUUGCAGUUGGAACAAUGCUGAUACUUGCUUACAAUGAGGCAAAGAUUAACACUAGAAUGCGCAACAUCUUCGGAUACAUUCUAUUUUCCCUUGGUACUUUAGGACUUAUAGUUUUGGAUCUAGCCACAGGAGGUAAAGGAGGAAUCGGAAAUUAUAUAGGCAUAUGCAUUUUUGUUGCUGCUUUUGGAGUUGCAGAUGCUCAUGUUCAAGGUGGACUUGUUGGUGAUUUGUCAUUCAUGUGUCCCGAGUUCAUCCAAUCGAUGUUUGCUGGUUUGGCUGCAUCGGGGGCUCUUACUUCUGGCUUGAGGCUGAUGACAAAAGCUAUUUUUGACAAAUCCAAUCACGGUCUUCGUAAAGGAGUCGUGUUAUUUCUCGCCAUCUCGACAGCCGUUGAAUUUCUAUUAUCAUCCGACCUUGCUGCUGCUGGCAUCCUGACUACAGAAAGCGAAAGCGUUGUUGAUGCUAAAGACGAUAGACUGAGCAACAAACAAUUGUUAUCACAGAAUGUUGAUUAUGCAUUAGACCUCUACUUGAUAUAUGUUCUCACAUUAUCAAUUUUUCCAGGAUUCUUGUACGAAAACACUGGAUCCCACCAUCUAGGCUCUUGGUAUUCAAUUGUCCUAAUAGCAGUGUACAACGUGUGGGAUCUUGUAUCGAGAUACAUUCCCCUUAUUGAAUGCAUCAAGAUAGAAUCCCGAAAGGGCCUUUUGAUUGCAUGUCUAUCGCGUUUCUUGCUUGUCCCAGCCUUCUACUUCACUGCAAAAUAUGCCGAUCAAGGAUGGAUGAUAUUUCUCGUAUCCUUCUUGGGACUAACUAACGGCUACCUCACUGUAUGCGUACUCACAGCUGCUCCCAAAGGAUACAAAGCACCAGAGCAGAAUGCAUUGGGUAAUUUGAUGGUCGUUUUUCUUCUUGGAGGCAUUUUUACGGGCGUUGCUCUUGAUUGGUUGUGGCUUAUUGGUAACGGAAAGUUUUGA